GCGGCGAAUCGCGUUGCAGUGUUCAACAUUCGUAGCCAACAGGGGGAGAGCGCUUCAACAUUUGCAUCCAAUCGCAGAGCGGAAGUUCAACAUUUUUCAACAUUUGACCAAUCGGAGCGCAAGAGAAUGUCGAGGGCGACCCGCCCCCUCUUCCGAACUGAUCCGAAGGCGAACGAUCUUUGACGAGAGGUUAGAAAGAAGGGGUAGCCAAUCGCGUGAGAGCGCUUCAACAUUUGCAGCCAAUCGCCGAGCGGAAGUUCAACAUUUUCAACAUUUGACCAAUCGUAGCACAAGAGAAUGUCGAGGGCGCCCCGUCCCCGCUACCGAACUCAUCCAAAGGCGAACGAUCUAUGACGAGAGGAAUGAAUGAAGGGGGAGUGUCAGAGGUCAGGAAGGACAAGAUGGCUACAAAAAGGUCACAUAAAGCCAUGUCGGACGCUGAAUGGGUUUCUCGCCUCAGAAAAUUUGCCAGCACAGGAGUCUUGUCAUCAGAUGGCAACAGGCCAGCUCCGAGGCAGAAGCAGUGGCACAAGAUUUAUCAAAAGAUUGAAAAAUGUCCGAUGCAAUCCCGUGGCCAGUUGACCUUGCAUGGAGCGGUCCAGAAGUGCGCAUGUGGUUUUCACACUCAGAAGCCCACUGCCUCUUCUGAACAAACACAGAGGGUCAGAGAACAACAGCCUGCUGCUGCAGCGGCACAGGAGCAGAGUGAACCCCAGCCUCAGGCCCGGCCGCAGCCUUCACCAUCAAGGAUAACUCCGAGUUUGUCAAUGUUUACCAAACCAAGGUUUAGCGGGUCUCACAUUGCUGCAGCGAAGCCAAAUUUGAGUGUGGCUAGAAGACCAUCACGUGUGGAUGACCAACCCAGCGCAGCAGUGUCCAGUGCCCCGAAACCAAGCACCAUUGUCUCUAUGCAGGACCCUGGAGUUCCAGCCUCUGUCCCCAGAACCACUCCAGAUGUGACCGCUCCUGCAGAGUCAUGCAGUAUCGUCUCCGUAAGUAAUCUCAUAUUUUUUCAUUUUAAAGGUUAUGAAAUUUGCAUAUUAACUGUUACAGCUCAUUGA